CGGGGCUGCCAAGUGGCAGAGGCCAGAGUGGAAGCGGUCAGUCCAGACCACUGCCGACCCGCCCGGUCUCGGAGCUCCAGCCCCGGCUGUGACCCAGGCCCUGCGCACCCCCGCAGACACCGACGUGGUCUGCAGGCAGCCGCCUCUGCUUUCUCACAGUAGGUAGUGGGAGCUUAGUGGUGUAAGCAAUGGCCUCUGACCUGACAACCAGGAUGCACCAGGAAUUGCCGACAUUCAGAGAUGUGGCUGUAGGCUUCACCCAGGAGGAGUGGGGACACCUGCACCCAUAUCAGAAGGCUCUUUACCGAGACGUGAUGCUGGAGAACUAUCAAAACCUGGUCUUCCUGGGACUCGUUGUUUCCAAACCAGCAAUGAUUGAUCAGUUGGAACGAGGAGAAGAACCUUGGAUGCCCGAGGCCGAUGUCCCCAGAGGCCCCCGUCCAGAUUGGGAGAGUUGGCCUGAAAUCAAACAGUCGAUUCUAAAACUGGGCAUUUCUAUGGAAGAGUACCAGGAAAGACUCACAAGUUAUGGUCCUCAGGCCUCCUAUCUGGAGGAACCCUUAGAAGGUGGGGCCAGGGUAGAGAGGCAACAGAAUACUGAGGAAAAACCUUUUGAAUGUAAUGACUGUGGGAAGACCUUCCGCCUGAGCACAGCUCUUGCUAUGCAUCAAAGAGUUCAUACUGGAGAGAAACCUUAUGAAUGUAAUGAAUGCGGGAAGGCCUUCAGGCAGAGGGCACAUCUUACUCAACAUCAGAAAAUCCAUUCUGGAGAGAAACCUCACGAAUGUCAAGAAUGUGGGAAGGCCUUUCGCCUGAGUGCAGCUCUUGCUAUGCAUCAGAGAGUUCAUACUGGAGAGAAACCUUAUGAGUGUACGGAAUGUGGGAAGGCCUUCAGACAGAGGGCACAUCUUACUCAACAUCAGAAAAUUCAUACAGGAGAGAAACCUCAUAAGUGUAAAGAAUGUGGAAAGGCCUUUCGCCUGAGCACAGCUCUUACUAUGCACCAGAGAGUUCAUACUGGAGAGAAACCUUAUCAAUGUAAGGAAUGUGGGAAGGCCUUUCCCUUCAGUACAGCUCUCAUUAUGCACCAGAGAGUUCAUACCGGAGAGAAACCAUAUCAUUGUAAUGAAUGUGGGAAGGACUUCCGCAUGAGUACAGCUCUUACUAUGCACCUGAGAAUUCAUACUGGAGAGAAACCUUAUGAAUGUGAUGAAUGUGGGAAAGCCUUUUCCCGGAGCACAGACCUUACUCAUCAUCGUAGAGUUCAUACAGGAGAGAAACCAUAUCAAUGUGAUGAAUGUGGGAAAUCCUUCAGGUGGUGGACACACCUUACUCGACAUCAGAGACUUCAUACUGGAGAAAAACCCUAUCAGUGUGAAGAAUGUGGGAAGGCGUUUAGCCGCAGGACACACCUUACUCGGCAUCAGAAAGUUCAUAGUGGGUAGACAUCUUAGGAAUAUGAGGCUUUCUGCUGGAGUACACACCUGACUAAACAUUAGAGAGUUUAUUCUGGGGGGAAACCUAUAAUGAAUAUGGGAGAGCAUUAACAGGACCACAAACCUCACUCAAUGACAGAAAAUUCAUACUGGAGACAAAUGAAUUUAUCACAUGUGGGAAGAUCUGCUUGAACACAGCUCUUAGUAUCAGAAAGUUCAUACUGGAGAGAUGCCUUACUAAUGUGAUGAAUUUGGGAAGGCCUUCUACCAGACCUCAUCUCUUACACUACAUUAAAGAUUGUAUUGUAUAGAAUUCUUAUUAGUAUAAUGAAUCUGCAAAGGCCUUCUAUCAGAGCUUAACUCUUAAUUAUGCAUCAGAGUCCAUACUCAAGAGAUAACCUUCUGAAUGUGGGGAUGCCUUCUGUCAGAAUAAGACAUCCAUUUGACCUCAGAUGAUUCAUAGUAGAGACUUUAUGCAGGAAGGGCCUGCUAGAACAUAGCUCUGAAUUUAAUAUUCACUUAAUAAUGGAAGUGAUCAAAAAAGCCCAAGUGGCUUCCUAAAGAAGAGGUCAUGGGAGAUUAAUCACAUUUUCUUUUUUGACAGGUUUACUACAAAGUCAGCCUUUCAAAUGAUGUAAGAUACUAUUUAUUGAGAUUUCAGUUAAAUGUUUGACAGAGUUUCUCAUGUUCUUAUGCAAAAAAAUGGCAAGCUCCGGGCUAGGCGAUGGUGCUGUUAGAUGGUUUCAGGACUGGUUGGAUGGCCGGACCCUAAACAGUCAUUGCUAGUUCAGUAGCAGCCCGAAGGGAACUUUAGUGAUGUGCUUCAGGGAUUUAUUUAUCCCUGGCUUUGUGCUAUUUAACUAUUUUUUUCAUUGACUUGGAUGAUAGCUUAAGAUAACAUGCUUAUUUCAUCUGCAGGUAAUACAAAAUUAGGAGGGAUAGUUAAUAAAGUAUGAGGCAGGAUCAAAUCUAAAAAGUUCUUUAUGGGCUAGAAUUAGAGACCGAAUAACUUCCAUUAAGGAAUCACUAUUUGCCCCUUAGAUAGUGGGGUACCGCAGCCACUUAGUUCCCUAAGGGGCCACUUUUACUCUGGACUCAGGUAUUCCAUCUGUACAGAAUUCAGACUUGGUAGAGCAUGCCCUCUAAUGAGAGGAGACUAUACUUAUCUCAUGCUCUUAAGCCCGACCCUGGCAUCCAGGGACAAAUUACAAGCUAAGAUUUAUAUUUAUAUUUAGGUGCUGCAGGAAUAAAAAGCUAGUAGUCCCAGUCACUUUGCCAUUGUAGAACCUCAUGGAAUAUUGUGGUCAUUUCUGGGCACCACAGUUGAAUAAUGACAUUUAUAAAGUAGAGUGUCUGGAGAAGGGUGAUGAGGUUCAUUAAGGUCUUUUUGUUCAUGUCACGGGAGGAUCCACUGAGAGAAUUGGAUAUGUUUAGCUUGCAGAAGUUUGGGGGGAGGGAAAUCACAGCAUUCUUAAAGUAUCUGAUGGGCUUGAAGGUGCUGGAGGGAUUAGACUUAUUCUGAUUGGUCCCAGCGGCUAGACUGUAGGCAAGUUGUAAAGAGAUCAAUUUAGGCUUGACGUCAGAAAGACUCUUCUUGCAAAUAGAGGUGUUUGAUUGGUGCAUCUUGCAGUGGCAUUUCCCCCCUCCUUGCUGGUUGAAUGGAUGGUGAAGGAUAGACAGCUACUUGUUAGGUCUUUAAAAUGGGAAUUCCUUCCAUGCCUGUUGGGAUUUCUUUUUACACUGAAAAAAAUUUUAUGAAAGAAACAUUCUGAGCAGUGAUUGAAGUCUCAGAGCACAGCUUUUACUCUACACCAGAAUUCAUACUAGAGAGAAAUCAGAAUAUAAUGAAUUGUGGAAAGGCCUCCUGAAAGGGGAUGAGACAUUCAACAUCAUAGUUAUACUAGAGAGAAACCUUGUGAAUGAAAUAUGGUUGGGAAGGCUUUCCAUAAAGUGGUACAACUUUUUAACUAUAAGGAAAUUUAUACUAGAGAGAAACUUCAUGGACAUAGGAAUGUUUUUCAAUGGAAUAUUCAUUGUUAUCAUAGAAUUCCGGAGACAAAAGUCAUGAAUAUAAUCAACGUGAGAAUAUCACUUGCCAGAAGACAGGACUUUUUCUCACAUUAGACAAUGCUGAAGAGAAACCUUAUGAAUGCAAAGUCUUCAGAAGAUCAUGAACAUCAGAAGAAUUUUGCUCUAGUAAGCACUUAACAAACUAAAAUGAAACCUAAAAAUAAAUCCCUAGUUUCACAGAGUGGUUGCUCCAAAACUUGAACCUUCCUGUUCAAGUUCCUAAGAAUUUCCCUCACGUACGUCUCGUGUUUAUAUUGGAGGACUCAGUUUUUUUUGAGGAAAAUUGUGGCAACCUCCUAAGAGCUCGUUCUCCCAAUUUCUCUUCUAAACUACUCAAAAUCUUCCAUCGCCUGCUCUCUUCCAUUUUAAUUAGAGGGAGAGGUUAUGAGAUUCUAGAUUUGGUGCUAGAAAAAAACCUCAGGAGAUUCUUUGGCACAACCCCCUCAUUUUACUAAUGAAACCAGUUUAGAGAAAUGUGAGUCGCUUGCCGGAAAUCACACAGUAAGUGCCUGUGCGACAUGCUUCAGCCCCAGAUCAUCUGAGCCCCUCCAUGACAACACUAAGACAAUCUUGGCCAAAGUGAAAGUCACUGCUUCUGCCCUUGAUUCUAUCCCUUCCACUGCAGACCUUAGUCCAACAAUGAUUUCCUCUCACACAUCACUGGCUUCAUACAUACUGCUUACAGACACAUCCCCAAUUCACCUUUUUGGGUGAUGUAGUUAAGCCCCGAUGACUAAUAGUUGUUUCAGUGGGAAGAAGCAGUAAAGGAGUUCAUUCUUGCCCCACCUAAGUCCUUCUAAUUUAGGGGAUGGAGAGGAAGUAAUUUCCAUUGUCAAAUGGAAUACACCACUCUAUCUUAUGAUGUCCCUAAGGAGAUCAUUUAAUGGGGUCUGACCAUCCCCGCCCCCCAAACUCCCUUUCCUAACUGGACUACUCAGAGCUGCCAGUAGGAGGCUGCAUCAUGCUUAGGCUUGCAGCUGGGUUACAGCUUUGGAAGAGCAGGUAACUGAGGAUAUUAUCUAGUUGGACAAGAAAGGGCUUCUAGAGUUCUUCUUUUUGACAGUUUGUGCUUUUUUUUCCUUGCUGCCUCUUGAGAAAGUCGGAGCUGAUCCGCUCUGCUCCUCUCGUUUCUUUGCUUUGUUGCCUUGUGAAUAAAGUAGGAGCCACUAAAUACACCCCUGUUCUCUAGCUUCUGCUCUGAAUGGAAUAGAGAAAUGGAAGCAUUUCUCAUUUUCCCUCUUUCUCUCCAGUCCUUGUGUUUUUGAGUCAAGGCCCAGAAGCUUGACCACGUUUUCCUGUUACCAUCAAGUGUUUAUUAUGUGCCAGGCACAUGCUCGUGUUUGCUGUUUUUCUGAUGGGAAGUGGAAGUUGGAUAAACACCCCUCUCUCGAGAUCAAUAGUUUGUAUUUCUUUUGUGGGGUGCAGUCUUGCUGGUGUGAUAUGAACAUAGCUCAGUGAUCCCAGGAAUCCUUGUAACCCCAACAGACUGUGGGGUAUAGCAGGUAACCACUGGUGGAAAUUGGGAGUUUCUUUUCCAGCAGGCUUGGUAAUGCUUCCCAGCACUUUAAAAAAACAACAGCUUCUCAUGACUAGUGCCCUUUUCUGCUAUGAUCCCUUUUCUUUUCUGCCCAUGACUGUCCAAAACUGCC